AUGAAUCAUCGUGUCAUGCAAUGGAAGAACGGUGAUACAACGAAUGGACAAGUUGUUGCUGGUGGCAAUGGCCAAGGAAAUCGAUUAAAUCAAUUGAGUGGCCCAACAGAUGUAUUAAUUGACAAAGAGACGGAUAGUCUCAUUAUUUGUGACGCAGAGAAUCUGCGAGUUGUACGAUGGUCUCGUUCUAGUGAUACAACACAAGGGGAAAUACUCAUUGACAACACCGAUUGCUAUGGAUUAGCAAUGGAUGAGCAGAGAUAUCUCUACGUCUCUGGCCCCGUAAAACAGGAAGUAAGACGAUAUAAGUUGGGUGAGAACAUUGGCACUCUCGUGGCUGGUGGUAAUGGUGAAGGUAAUGGUCUCAAUCAACUGCACUAUCCGACAUAUCUCUUUGUCGAUCGAGAUCAUUCAGUCUACGUUUCAGAGUGGCUAAAUCAUCGUGUAAUGAGAUGGGAUAAAGGUUCAAAAGAAGGCAUUAUCGUCGCUGGAGGUCAAAGCGCAGGGAGUUCUUUGACACAAUUGAAUGGUCCUCUCGGACUCUUUGUUGAUACGUUGGGUACACUCUAUGUAGCAGAUGAGUUUAAUCAUCGUGUAAUGCGUUGGACUCAAGGGGACAACAAGCAAGGCACUGUAAUUGUGGGUGGAAAUGGUCAAGGAGCAGGAGCAAAUCAGUUGAACGCCCCCUAUGGUUUGUCUUUCGAUCGACAUGAUAAUCUCUAUGUCGUCGAUACGGGUAAUAGUCGUGUUCAACAAUUUUCUAUCGAAUAA